AUGGAUUCCUUUAUGUUCAGCUUCAGUUAUCCCAACGGUGAACCUCAAACUCCGACGAGGACUCCGCAUACCUUCGGCGAUUCCUUCCAGACCCCGAAACUCGAAUCUAGCUUUUUCGACCCUAGGGUAACCUGGGAUACUUCCGAUCCAUAUGCCUCCAGCCCGGAGCUCCUCCGCACACCGCAGAAGAUUGCCCUAGGAUCAUCGAUCCCGAGAAGCCAGAAUGGGGCAGAGACAGGUCACAGGGGACGGAUGUCGGAUGAGACCGAUACGGCCAGAAGAAUUCGUCCGGUGAAGCCUCUUCCGAGUGUGGACGAGGAUUAUCCUCGGGUGGUGGGCUCGGCCAAGUCAGCGGCCUCGAUGCAAACACCGCCGCCGACAAGUGCAUCGAGGCGGAAAAUCCCCGAAUUUGACCAGGAUGGACAUACGCAAGGAACACCGGGCAUGGGAGGUCAUUUGGAGACACCCAGUCGUCUCCUUGGACAAUCACCUCGAAUGUUCGGCAACCUUCAAUCGUCGCCCGAUCUUUUUCAGCUGGCUUCAUUGGACCCUACGGGCUCUCCUUUCUUCCCCCAGCAACGACUGUUCUGGGACAAUGAUCUAGAAAAUACGGCCAAUGAGGUCCCCUUGCCCAGCAAUGGGAGUCAUCUCAACCCUCGACAGACCUCGACAAAUGCACACCAUGUUCCUCAGUUACCAACCAUUGAUGGUUCCCUCGAGCUUCCCGACUACCGCAGCGGCUUUGGAAUAUCAGUAGCGCCGCCUACUGAUGCCGCCUUUUUCCCUGCGCCAUUCUCUACCUCCCCCGUCUUCCAGUCACCAAAACCGAGGAUCCAGCCCUAUUUCUCAGUUCCCCCGCGAGGCGCUUCGACACGGUCUCUUCGUGGCCCGCGGCAGCCUUACCACCACCAGAUGGAAGAGUCGAGGCGCGAGGAGCUUCUCCGCGCACAGGCACCAGAUGGACAGCGACGCAAUUCCUCCGCCGUCUUCCCAAGUGACAGUGAAGAAGACGAUGAUUAUACCCCAAGGGGCAUACGACCAGGCCUUACCCGCAGUAUGACAUAUAACGGUCUACCUAGUUCAUCGCGACCGGCCAGUCAAGCGGGGGGUAUGAUGGCAUCCGCAAGUGGGAUCCGGAAAAGCCCCUCCAAAGGGCGCUCAUCUCCAGCGAAGUCCGUGCGCCCUCCUCCCUUGACACGGGCAAACACGACAGCCACGGGCUCAUUGACGCGCUCAUCGUCUGUAGUCCUUCGCAUAGGCCGAGACGGCCGUGCAAAGGCUGAGAUGGAGCCAGUGACUGAGCCACACACAGGAUUGACCGACCCCUUGACUGGAAUGGAACUAGAUGGCUCUACAACUGAGAGUGAUGCAGACCUAGCUGAGUACUCAGAAUACCCUGUCCUGCACCGCUCUCAGUCCUCUUUUCCGUUCUACGACGGGCCAAGGCCUGCACUGUCUCGGAGCGAUUCGGAUUCUCGGCCUCCCUCAAAGGGCUCAUAUGCGUCUUCCACUGUCGGCUCGUCUCAUUCAGGACGGAUGUCACCCUGGGCUGGUUCUUCUAGAGGAAGCGGGCGAGCAACUUAUCGCGGGUCUCCCGAGCUCAAGCGAACUCCCAAACGACAUUCUUCCCUAUUGCACUCGGACUCGACAUACACUCGGGGUAGCGUAGCGUCGGACUUGUUGCCAGGAGAGGACGACGACAGUGGUGACGCUCAAUCUGCGCUUCGACAGGUCCUGAAAGAACGGGGGCGAGGCCCUAGGCUCUCCACGAAUGGGUUUGCCAAUCGGCUUUCUCGAUCAUCACACACCUUCCAUAAUCUCCGCUCAUCACCGCCUCGCCUCGGUAGUGAUUAUGAGAUCCAUCCUCGACACAAUGCAUCGCCGACGACCUUGACGGACCCUGAUCUUGGAACCCCUGGCACUGACCGCCACAGCAAUCCUAGCAACGGUACACGGUGCGUCUGUCGUUCGAUGGACAAUGGCGGUCAUCUCAUGAUCCAAUGUGAAUCGUGUACUCAUUGGCUGCAUACCAGAUGUGUCGGGUUGGAGCGAGGCAACCUGCCAUCCGUUUAUGUCUGUGUAUUCUGCGCCCAAACACCAUCGCGACAGAACCGUGUCCGAACCUCUUAUGCCCCCACGGCGCAAGCCCCUCCCUCUCCCUUGGCUCACAAGUCAUUCCGUUUCCGACAAAACUGA